AUGAGCCGCCGGCUGCAUCGAAGGCAACAGCGGCAGUUGGAGGAACUGGGUGAGCUCCAACAUGCUCUUUCUGGGAAAGAGGAUGCAAAUUCCGAACAAGGAAAUAAUUUACAUGAGUCGCGAAGUACGGCUUCAUCCGCGUUUGCUGCGCUAUCUUUGGAAGAGCCGGUCGAUCACGGGCAAGAGAACGCAGACGACUUUGAUGAUGGCGAUAAAACUGUUAUGCACACUCAAAGUAGCAGGAAUAAGUCGAAAAAGAACAACAAGAAAAAGAAGAAAGGCUCAGGCCAACCGCAUUCAACGCAUGUCGACGAUAUCUCGUUGGAAGAAAUGUCGGACGUGAUUGCCAAAUCGACGAAGCAAUUCAAGGUGACACUGAAUACAGCGCCAGAUUCGGGUGUGGCAGAUACAGCAUGCAAACAUGCCCCAUCAUUGGUGCUGCGAGCGUUACUCGCUCUCGACGCCUCUCACUUGGAUCCAGCUCACGAACUUCGGCGCCAGUUCGGUGCUUCGGCUAUCAAAGCAUAUGAGCGUGAAAAAGGCAGUACCACCACGUCUAGCCGCACUGGUGCAAGAAGUCGUGAUAAUCGCGGCGCUCACUUUAAUUCGAACAUGCGCGUGCGCACUGUGCUAACGACGCCCAAACCAACGUGGCCUGAUUUGAACCGCUCCUUUGUCGGCAUGUCUAUGUCAGCGGACGAGCGUGAUCAGGGUGUGCGUGUGUACAGCUGGGAACAUAGCCGUGCGUACAAGCAGGCCCAAUUCCAGUUCUCUCAGGCUGUUGCGUCCUUUGACACGCAAUCUCUUGUGGCGCUCUUGCGCGUAUUUCCGUGGCACGUUGAUACGCUACUGCAGCUGUCUGCUGUCUCGCGAUACCAAGGAGACCUGGGGCAAGCAUCUGACUUUAUUGAUCGUGCUUUGUUUGCUAUGGAGCGAUCCGCUGCUUCAACAUUCGUGUCGGGCCUGACAUCGCAAACGGGUCCGCCUAUGUGUGAUUUUCUGCGCGCAGAAAAUAGGGCCUUCUGGCUUGCCAUCCACAGAAAUAUUGACUUGUAUGGCCGCAAGGGUACGUGGCGCACGGCCCUAGAAUGGUGCAAGCUUUUGUUUGCUCUAGAUACCUCGGAUCCACACGGCAUUUUAUUAUGGAUGGAUUUCUUGGCCAUCAAAAGUCGUCAGGAAAAGUGGCUUUUGGAACUGACAGACGUGCUACAUGAGCUUCACGGCAUAUUAGACUGGAGCGUUGGCCUCUCAUACGCGCGCACCUUGGCACUCCGGGCUAUAGGGGCGAGCCAAGCUGACCAGGCCUUAGCCUCCGCCAUAAUCCGCCAUCCGCAUGCAGCUAUUUUGCUGGCAGACAAGCUGCAGGUUGACGUGCCUCCCGAUGUGGUGCGUGCAUUCCCCAUGCACGGGGCAUAUACAUCCACGCAUCCUGCCUUGAACGAACUUCUGGCCCAUUUGUAUGUGCAUCGCUCGCUGAGUGUGUGGAAAGAAGCUCAUACGCUGGCGUGGUUCCGAGAGGUGGCCACGCAGACAUGGCCGUCGCUCGAUGCAAGUGCUUAUCGCGAAUCUCUCCCUGAGAGUUCAACACAGAUGGGCGUGUACCGCCACCUCGUUGUAGCUGACUUGCCUGAGGCACAACAACGACAGCUUUUGCGAUAUGUGCCACCCGAGGUGCGGAACCCGCCCGGUGGUAUUGACACGUUUGAUCCGCUCCCACCCAGCAAUGGCUCACGCUUCGACGAGGCAUACUAUGGUAGUGUCUUGCCGGCCAUGACGCAGCGUGGCGGAGGACCCCACACUGGCCUGUGGGAACUAUUACAGCGUCUGCAGAAUCUCGGUGUGCACGACGUGCAAGAGCUGCUCGAGCAUGUUGAUGAUCGAACACGCGACAUGCUGAUGCAGGUAGUCGAACCAGUCUCGGCAGACGAGGCAGAGGAUGAAGCGGCUACGUCGAUGAACGACAUUGACGGCGUGGAUGACGAGAUCUCAGAAGACGAUGCGGGUCACGCGUCAGGCGAUCAACCUAGCCUUUUGCAGCGGGCGUGGAAUGCGCUAUGGGGAACCUAG